ACCAACCGAACGGAAAUUGCCCCCCUGGAGAGCGAGGUUGGAAAUUCAUCAUCAGGUGGAUGUGUAUGGCAAGAGGCACAAUUCUUGAAUGAAGACAGUUACUGCCGUUUGUUAAAAGAAGAAUACGGUCGCGUUUUAUAUGAACGAGACCUUGCGAAAAGAAAUCUAACAGUUGCGAAUUACCGGUUUACUGGAGAGCUACAGAAAGAGAGACAUGAAAAGAACUUUGGUAAGAGUCUUUUCAGUCACCUUUCCUUUCGAUCUUAGUUAUUUAUUCAUCUCUUUUUACAUGAAGAGGCCUGCAGCUUCUUUUCUCCCUUGGCCAUACAACCCGGGUAUCUCCUUUCCUCUAGUAUCUCCAGCCAUAUCCCUUAGCCCCUUCCGGUAUGUCACCCCCCCCCCGGCCUGUCAUCUCGACCUUCCUAUUGAACCAAAAGUAUAAUGCUCCAGCCUAGCUCCUGCCUCUGAUAGAAUGUUUCGUCGUUUGAUUUAUUUUACUUUAAUUAUUUGUAUUUAUUCCCAGCGAAGAAAAUUAUGUGCGAAGGCCUGAGCUAACAAAUUUGUCUAUCUCAGUAGCUCUGGCAGCCACAGAUCAUCAAAACACCAUGGAACAUGUACACGAAGAAUCGAUCCAAUCUAGCCCCCGACUGAGCUCGAAAUACUCGGAAAUACCCUUGGAUCAUCGUAGUAGAGGGGAGGACGGCAUGAGAGUCCGUUCUCGUCUUAAUGGGUACGCACAUCACCAAGAUAUCAUUAGCCAAGACAGUAACUCUGAAGACGAAGACAAACAGGGAGACGAAGCAGCCAAUAAUUACACGAGCAGUUCUAAUAACGAUUACGAUCGUGGUGAUAGUGACGAUGAUAAUGAUGAUGAUUAUGAUGUCAUAAGAAAUAGCGAAGGAAGUAGUGAGAACAAAGAUGAUGACGGAGGUAAUAACGAUGACAAUGGUGUGAACUGUGAUGAAAACUGUGAAAUUGAAUAUCCUAAUGAUCACGAAAGUAGCAAUAAUUACGAUGAUGAAGAUAACUUUGCCAGCAACAAUGGCGUUUCUGCUAAAAGUUGCACAAUUCAAUCCACUUUAUGUCCAAAAGAAGACGAAACAUUUUUGGGGUCAGCCGAAACUAAUGAGUCUUUGGCUGAAGAAUUAAACGCCAACAUGCGAUUUGACUCACAGUACAGCAUUGAUGAAGACACGGGCAACUCUAGUGCUGAGAACAAUGAUGGAAGCCUAGCCAGUAGCAAUGGUAUCAGCAGCAAUAAUGAAAGUUCUUGUAAAAAUUAUAACACCAGAAGUGACAAGGAGAAAGAUAAAGACCUGAAAAAAACUAACAGCUUUGAAGUAGGAAAGAAUGCUGAGCCUUCAGCGGAAAGAGAUGGUGAAGCUACAAGUCAAGGAGCAAGACCAAAGACUGUGCAACAGAAUCCAGAGCUGUUCAAUGCGCUUGACACACAUUACCAGAAUGGGAAGAUACCAUCCUUGGAGACAACUGGUAUUAAUCCAAACUUUCUCGCCCGACACUCGACAGAUACGAGUCUUCCACAAAGCUCGUUUUCAGAAAGUUAUGACAUGCCAGUUAGCAACAAGAAUUCAAACGAUUGGACUCAACACUCUCUAACCAGAAAUAGCAGCUCCUCCCCAUUUUGGAGCCUUCCCCGUUCACCAGCUCCGGAAAAUAGCAGGUUGAUACUAAAGAAUGCAUACUCCAAGGCGGUGAGUCCACGGUACCGAGAUCCGAUGCCAGUGAAUUACCAGCCUGUGACAUUAAUGACGGGGCAGUUCACCGGUGCCAGUGGCUUCAGCCGAGGCGUUGAUUCGUUUAACUGGAAUGAAAAUCUGCCAAGAAAAAAACAUCCGAUGAGCUUUUCAAGUUUUGAAGACUUUUCUGUAGGAAAUGAGACUCAGACGGCAUCACCUUCACUAGGAGUCAGACCAUUGGCGCCCGCUGUGAGAUAUCCAGUCGUUACUACACCAAAUUUUCCUACCACCACUCGGCAAUUCUCUUCAAGCACGACUUUAGCAAGUGUAGCCCCAGUUACUUCCACUUAUGAUGUGUCAAGAAGUCAUGGACAAGAACAUGUAGGGGACUUCAACAGUUACAGACCCUCCUAUGGAGAUAGCCAAGAAAAUGGUGGUUUAAAUGCAUCAGAAAUAGUUCAUUCAGAGACACGAGAAGGAAGCUCAGGGAACCAUGGCCUAUUCGAUUAUCAACAGGAAGAUUCAUUUGCUUUAGUAUCGCCCAGGGACCCUUCACUGGUUUCUCUAGAACAACAAGUGGCUGAAAUCGAUAGAAUUCUGAAAGAGCGAGAAGAACGAAUCAAAAAGCAGAGAGAGGCGGCACAAAGACAUAGGGAUACAAGAGAACGGAGGCAAAGAGAGGCAAGAGAAAGGAAAGAGAGAGAAGAAAGGGAAAUGAGAGAACAAGAGGAGAGAGAAAGGAGGGAGAGGGAACAGAGAGAAAUGAGAGAAAGAGAAGAGAGAGAAAUGAGAGAAAGGGAAGAAAGAGAAAAUAGAGAGAGAAUGGAAAGAGAAUUGAAAGAGCGAAGAGAAAGGGAAACAACAGUAAGAGAAAACAGAACCGCAGCGGAGAGCCAUCCACUUCAGGAGACUCCGCAAUGGCAGUGUGAACAUUACCAGCGGAGAUGUAGUGUCAAGUUUCCAUGUUGCGGAGUGUUUUACCCGUGCCACCGCUGUCACAACUUAUCGGGAACAUGCCCUGCUGAUGAUAGAAAGGCACAUCAUGCGACGCAUGUCAAGUGCGGAAAUUGUGGACGGGAAGAAGAGGUUAGUAUCUUUUACAUGCUAGGAAUCUUGUCGUACUGAAGAAGUUUAAAGUAACACAGUUAUAAAAACAAGAUUUUAUCCCUAAAUACCUGACGUUACGAUCCCAUGGGAGUGAGUUACAUGUAACUUCAGAUUUAUCAGAAAACCAAGAUCAAUAGAAAGCCUUCGGCUUGAGCGACGUAAAAACCAAAUUCCUUGUGAACAUGGAGGCCAAUCAGAUCAUAGGAAAAAAUUACAACGAAUCAUCAAGAAGAUAGUGAUUUCACGCAAUUAGCAUCAAGCGGGGGAGAACAGUUAUGUCCAGGUCCCCACUGGUUUUAGUUUGGAAUCUGAUUGGGUGAGAAGUUGGUGCGAGUCUUUAAGAUUGAUCAGACAGUUCUAUAAUGGGAAACCAAUGUUAUAUGCUGGUUUAUUUUCGUCACUUAGUUGAAACAAGAGAACGUAGCUCCAAUGGACAGCUGUUGAUCUCGCGCCUCUACAGAAAUUGCUACAGAUAUUGCUUAUGGCUUACACGUUGCGCUUAUGGCGCAUUUACUGCGCGCUGUGUUUAGUUUAACUGGUAGAGGGAUAAACAACUUCUUUGCAACAUUCUGAAAUUAAAAAAAUCACCUUUUUUAAAAUAACACCCUUUGACUGAUGAUAUUGUAACCUAUGUCAGGUAAAUGAAGGAAGUCAAAUCUGCAGACGCUGUGGCGUAAAAUUGUCAGAAUAUUUCUGCCCAAAGUGUAAGCAUUUUACAGGAGUUGACAAGAACCCUUUCCACUGUGAGAAGUGCGAAAUCUGCCGGUAAGUUGUUUUAUGAUUGAAAUAUACUACGACUUAUAGACACGUUUAUUACCCCGUAUGCUAAACAUUGAAAUCAUUCAGUUCUAAACGGAGUCAAAAUCCUAUUUAGAAUGUAUUGUUUUAUUUUAACCUAAGGGAGAUAGUUUCAAGGGAAUACAACAAAGGCCGUUAUAAUUACUGGUAACUCGUACGCCCUCUAAACGUUUCUUUAAGUGCCAUUUAGUAUUUAUCCAGGCAAAGCAAAUUUCGGUGCGCGAAACUGAGGCGACUCUGCCUGGCCAACAAAAUAUGUUCCGAGUACUACUGGGAGUGAAGUAAUGCAAAGUAUUGCAUUGCGCAACAACAUUUUGAACAAUUUCCCAAAAGGUCAUAAAGAGACGUACCUUAGAUUGAAACAAGAAAACGAUACAUUGCACACUAGCCUGUUUUAUCUUCGCAAGGAACAUUCCGAUAGUUUUUACUUUUGGAGACAAAUCCGCCAGCUCGGAAUAACGUUAGUGACGUAAUGGCCCUAUAAUUUAAUUUAAACAAACUGUUUUUUCAGCAUUUAUAAGGACAGAUCAUUUCACUGCGACGUGUGUAAUGUUUGCUUGGACAAGCGACUGGAGGGAAAACACAAAUGUCGGCCGAACUCAGGACAUGACGAGUGUUGCAUCUGCUUGGAGGUAAUUUUAGAUCAUGUUUCAUACUUUUAAAUUGCCUUAAACACCUAGCCGGGAAUUUACGCUCUAUAGACACAGCUCGAAUCAACGCCUCGGCUGAAAAUUUCCGGAUACGAGUGUUACUGACACUUUAAAUUCUGCACGCUAUUUCAGGACGCGUUCAGCGGUUGUCAAAUCUUACCAUGCUCUCACAAGGUUCACAGGGAGUGUGCCAUUGCAAUGAUACAGAAUGGCGUGUAA